AUGAGCUGUGCACCGUGUAACAAAGAUGACAGCAAACGGAUAAAUGUAAUAUUUAUAGUAACGUCAAUUGAAUUGUUCGAUAUAAACAGUAGCUUGAUGAGGUUCACUGGUGUUUGUCGUCCCGGGAAUGCACUUAGCAACAACUUCGACACCACACCCUGCUCUUACCAUGGAACAAUGAAUUGUGCAAAUCGGGAUUAUAUUGAUUAUAGAAAGACAAAGAGUGUGAUAUAUAUUCACACGUCCGGAAGUAUAUUCUCUCUCGCGGGACGGUCCCAAGCCAGCGUGGACGGAAAUCUUAUUGGUGGCCACGUCGACACAAAAUCCUACUUUGAAACAGUUAAGAGUUGUGAUUGCCCCCGAGCCGUGACCCUUGACCUCAGCCCGAGCCGUGACCUUGACCUCAGCCCCCGAGCCGUGACCCUUGACCUCAGCCCCGACCGUGCCCGAGCCCGAGCCGUGACCCUUGACUCAGCCCCCGAGCCGUCCCCCGAGCCGUGCCUUGACCUCAGCCCCGAGCCGUGCCCCCUUGACCUCAGCCCCCGAGCCGUGACCCUUGACCUCAGCCCCGAAGCCGUGCCCCUUGACCUCAGCCCCGAGCCGUGCCCCUUGACCUCAGCCCCCGAGCCGUUUGCCCUUGACCUCAGCCCCCGAGCCCCCCCGAGCCGUGCCCUGAGCCCCUUUGACCUCAGCCCCCGAGCCGUGCCCCUGACCUCAGCCCCCGAGCCGUUGACCUCAGCCCCCGAGCCGUGCCCCUUGACCUCAGCCCCCGAGCCGUGCCCCUUUGACCUCAGCCCCCGAGCCGUGACCCUUGACCUCAGCCCCCGAGCCGUGCCCCUUGACCUCAGCCCCCGACGCCCCCCGAAGCCGUGCCCCUUGACCUCAGCCCCCGAGCCGUCCCCUGACCUCAGCCCCGAGCCGUGCCCCUUGACCUCAGCCCCCGAGCCCCCCGCCGUGACCCUUGACCUCAGCCCCCGAGCCGUGCCCCUUCAGCCCCCGAGCCUGCCCCUUGACCUCAGCCCCCGAGCCACCCUUGACCUCAGCCCCCGAGCCGUGAAGCCCCCGACCGUGCCCUUGACCUCAGCCCCCGAGCCGUGA